ACAACAGAAAAGAUAACAAAGUGUUAACUUACCUAUAUAAACAUCAAAUAAAUUAACAUGUUCAUUGUCAUAAGUUUUAUUCUACCAGUAAACAUGUACAAGAUAUUUUUAUUGUUAUUGUGUGUUUCCAGAAUGGAAGCUACAGAAAACACUACAGAACAAGGAUGUCCUAUGUACGACUGCAUGAUUGGAUACCACUUAGUUAAGAGGAAUAAUGAAAGUUGCCCUACAUGUGUCAAAAUUGAAGAUCCUCCAAUUAAUUGCAACCACACGAUGUGUCCAAGACUACUUUGCAUCAAUGGAGACGUUUUAAGAACUAAACCUGGAGCUUGUUGUCCUUCGUGCGUUCCUGAUACGAAUAAUUGCACCCUCAGAUUGUGCCCACAACUACUUUGCAUCGACGGAUACGUUUUAAGGACUAAACCUGGAGAUUGUUGUCCUUCGUGCGUUCCAGAGGAACCUUGUAUAAAAAAGCCAGAUUGUUCCACAGUUAGAUGUGCUUUACCAAUAUGCAAUGUCGGCGAGGAGGUUUAUCAGCCCCCUUGUGAAUGUUGUCCAAUUUGCAGAAAAAGAAGUGAAUGCAAUUAGGUGUGUCGAAUGUGUAAAAACUGAUUGUGAUUCAGGACGUAUUUAUGGGCGUUACCCCAACUAUUGUUUAUGAUAAUAAUAAUAAUAAUAAUAAUAAUGUAUAUAUAAAAUAUACAUAUAAUGCCAAAAAGAAGUAGAUAUCCAUUUAUUUUAAUUCUAUUCAAAUUGAUGUACGUUUCAUGACUGCUGCACUUGGUUUUCAUUCUUUUGGCU